AAUAUUAAUGAUGCGGUGCGUCAAGCAAUCAAUCAACAAAGAAAAAAGCAGAGGAAGUAUGCCAAUUUUAAACGGCACACCGCACCAGGGUACGGGCUCCAACUGGCACCAUCCGGAUACAUGCCCGCGCCUGCAUCUUCUGGAUAUGUGUCCGUGCUAUCGGCACCUCCUGGAUAUAUGCCCGCGCCGCCUGCACCUUCUGGAUAUGUGUCCGUGCCAUCGGCACCUCCUGGUUAUAUGCCCGCGCCGCCUGCACCUUCUGGAUAUGCGUCCGUGCCAUCGGCACCUCCUGGAUAUAUGCCCGCGCCGCCUGCAGCUUCUGGAUAUGCGUCUGUGCCAUCGGCACCAUCCGGAUACAUGCCCGCGCCACCGACACUAUCCGGUUAUAUGCCUGCGCCGCCGGCAUCAUUUGGAUUUGUACCCGCGCCGUCCGGGGGAUAUUAUUAUUAA